GGUUGAUGAUCAAAAUUUUGAUAAUCACUUUAUUUAAUCAAUUACAACAAAAUUAAUGGGGAAAAAUUAACGUUUUGAAUACUUAUAGCAACGGCGUUUAGAAAUUUGAUAAUUUUUCUAAAUUUCAUUGGUUAUGUGGUAAUUAGAGGGCAUUCAAAAUGUCAAAUAUAUAUCAAAGUGACAUUUUCCGAAUAUUAAAUCAAGAUCAUCAGAAAUAUUUACAACCAUACAGUUUACAAUGUGAUAAUAAACGAAUUGACGGAAUAACUGCGGAAUGUAAUAACCUAGCGAGAAAAAUUACUUCGAUAUGUAAUUUAUACACCAGAAAUAUUGAUCAAGAUGACUGUAAGGGAGCAGUUAAAAUUAUAAAAGAAUUUUUGACCGCUUGUAGAAAUAGGCGAUUAUUUAAGGAGGUGAAGAAUCGUUUGAUUGAAUUAAGACAUAAACACCCCGUGGUGGUAUUGAAGCAGGUAAACUACACCCACUCACAAAUAUUCGAUAUAAAUCAUUUCCAAUUAGUUUUUCGUUUGGAUGGAAACGAAUUUCCUCCUGUUAUCGUAUACAGCAUUUGUCCGAAAAUAGAUUUAAAUAUUGUAAAUUUGCGAACUAACAUACUCUAUUUAUCCGAAGACUAUUAUAUUUACAAUAAAUGGUAUAAGUACAAAGCGUAUAAAUGUCAUAUAUGCAAAACAACAAGAAAAUCUAAGGGUUAUCGAAAGGAAAACAAAAAAAGGAAAACCGCCAACAGGAUUAAUUGGAUCGAAAGAAUGUAUAUGUGAAUAAAUAUUUAUCCAGUAUAUAA